AUGCAGGUGAAGAAAAUAACUCCCAAGACAAUUCUACCAUCGGCGGCCGUGACUCGUUCGCCGUCGGAUGUUGAAACAUUGAACUCGACUCCUAAAACGACGCCGGGACAGGCGAAAUUGACGAAUGAGAAGAAAAAGGGGAAGAAGGUGGGAGAGGUGGUGGGUGGGGCUGCGGCGGAGUUCACGGCCGUAUGCUGCUGCUGUCCGUUCACGUUGAUGGACAUGCUGAUCUUGGCCGUCUACCGAGUGCCCACCGGACUUUGCAGGAGGGCAUGGAGGAAAAGGAUGAGACAGCGGAGAAAACGGCGAAAGGGUUUACUCGCUGGAGACUUGUCCGUCGGGAAAUGUCAAGAGGGAAGUAAUUGGCCGGCCGGAAUGGAUGUUGAAGCAGAGAUGAAACUGGUGGCCGAGAACUUAAACGCCGACGCCGGCGACUGUGAUGGUGCAAAUGAGGCCGUUGAUUUGGAUAAAGAGAUGUGGGACCGGUUUUAUGGUACUGGGUUCUGGCGGAGUCCUUCUCAGAGAGAUCAGUCAUGGUGA